GCCCCUCGGCCAUAAAGACUGACAGUCAAAGUCGGUAAUUCGGGUAGAACUACCUAGGCUCUACGUCAAAGGCUAAUCCCGAAGAUGCCGCCCUGAUUUCCUCUCUCUAACAACGUCGUUUUGGCCACGAAGUUGCGAUAGCUGGAAGUAUAUAUACCAAUCGUACUGGACUUAUUGACAAUGACGCUCCCACCGACCAUGAAAGCCGUUGUCUUCAAGGGCGUGAGAAAAGUCGAGUUAGAGGACCGACCAACGCCCAAGAUCGAGGAGCCCACCGACAUUAUAGUCAAAAUAGAGUAUACUGCCUUAUGUGGAAGUGAGCUUCAUGUCUUUCGAGGACAUCAGAAGAGUCCUACUGGGUUUAUUAUGGGACAUGAAUUCACGGGAACGGUAGAAGAGAUUGGCGGUGAAAUCAAGAACUUCAAAAAGGGGGAUUCAAUUGUCUCCCCGUUUACGACGUCUUGUGGAGAGUGCUUUUAUUGCAAGCGUGGGUUCUCGUCGCGCUGUGAAAAGUGUCUACUCUACGGCUCUGCGGUACUCGAGGGCGGCCAAGCCGAAUACAUUCGCAUACCUCUUGCCGACGCGACAGUGAUGAAGGCGCCUCCGUCGAUAGAGAAGAACGCUCUAGUACUGAUGGCAGAUAUCUUUCCUACCGGUUAUUUCGCUUCGAAGAAUGCAUUCAAAGGACUCAGCAAAGACGAAAUUGCCGAGUCGACCGUUGUUGUAAUCGGCUGCGGACCUGUUGGUCUCUGUGCCCUGAUCAACGCAGAAGACCACAAGCCAAAGCAUUUAUUCGCUGUUGAUUCCGUCCAGUCACGACUCGACCUGGCCAAGUCGUUGGGUGCAGAGCCCCUCAACUUCCAGACUGACCGGGCAGGGCUUGAUAGGCGUAUCAAGGAGGCGACGAAUGGUCGGGGGGCCGAUAUUGUAAUCGAGGUGGUCGGUCUGAGCCCAGCGCUGCAAAUGGGCUUUGAGAUUCUGCGACCUUGGGGUGUCAUCAGCAGUGUUGGCGUUCACAACGGAGAGAUCCCGUGGACUGGCAAUCAGGCUUAUGGCAAGAAUUUGAAGAUACAAAUGGGUCGCUGCCCGGUGCGAUCAAUCUUUCCUGAAGCGCUUGAGCAGCUAGCGAAGAAGCAGCAUCUGCUAGGGUUCAUGUCCGAAAACAUCAUGCCCCUUUCCAAGGCCGUAGAGGGGUACGAGCUCUUUGACAGCAUGAAGGUCCAAAAGGUCGUUUUUGAGGCAUGGCAUUGACAGAUUAGAUCUCAAGAUCCAGUGACGGUCUGCACGAGUUAAUCUAGGUCGUGUAAGUAGUCUGGAGUGGGAUCGAGCGAGUCGCAUUCAAUGCCAAGAAGAUGGGAUGUAAUACAUCCUAUGGAAUGUUUAUCACAUUCCAGCGGAGUGUAUGAGUAGUAGCUACAUGCGGGAUAGCUUCAGUUCGGUUUAGUCUUAGCGCGGGGCAUGUUUUCGGGCUACUUUUGCUUCUGCUUU